CUUACAGCAAAGCACACUCUCUACCCUCUGGUCAAGAUGUGCAUUAAUCCAGAUUGCAAUGCCUGGCACAUCAACUCUCUCCUCAAGAAGGAAGAGCAAUGCCAUGUCGUUGUGUUUGCCCAUGCACAAGGCACACAUUCCACCUGGUCUAUUCACCUGAAGUGUCAAGCAUGUCACACAAAUUAUCACAACAAUUACAAUGUCAAGGACAGAACAAGGUUGUAUUAUGGUGGUAUACCAUCCUAUCUACAAGUUGCUGAGCACCAAUUCAUUCAGCUCAAGCUCACAAUGAGCUGGAUGGAUCUCAUGCAGAUUCUUGUCUCGGCAACAAAUUGUGCACAUGUCUAUGAUAUUGCGCAGUCUCAUCAAUCUCCCAAUCAUGAUGUUCCCUGGCAAUUUGGAAGCUUGCUUACAAUGGAGGAGGUGUGGGAUUCCUUCACCCUCCUGGCAUUGCUUGAUAACCAUCAUCAGCGUAAGAUUUGCCUACAAGUCCCUCACAGAGGA